CAAGUGACGUGCGGAGAAGCUUUUUUGGGGGUCCGAGAGAAAAUUUUUCUCGCCUUUUCACCGUGAAAAUUCAGCGUGAAGAGUCAUGUUUAGUGCUGCCCACCAAGAUGACCUGAAGAUCUUGAUUUCCUCAGUUGCCCUGGACGGAAAUUGAGCACGGUUUUCAUGUGAGCUGCAGCGCCUCCGGGAAUCAUGAGGACGAAGAAUUUCCUGAUCAUCCUGUGCUGUGUCAUCGCCACGAGCCUGGUGCUGAUCAUUCUGGGGCCCACGGGCCAGCAGAAUCAGUCCAUCAAGGACAUCAUCGAUGGGACACAGUCGCAGUUCAGGGAGCUGAAGGAGCAGUUGCGUGUGUCCGAUGAGAAGAAGCUGGACAUCGAUCCCAAAUACUUGGCCCUCCUUGGUUUCACGCAGACGAUCUAUAAUGGCACCAAAUCGAAUUUCUCCAUAGUGACUUAUGCGCUCAAGGGCCAGGCGGCGUCUGUGAUCCUGCUGGCACAGAACAUGGCGCUGCGCCUACCCAACGAGCCGCUCAUGAUCUACGAUCUGGGCCUGUCGGAAGACGAUUCACGUGCUGUGAGUGGAUUCUGCAAUAGUUCAAAGUGUUCUGUGAUACCCUACGACCUGACAUUGUAUCCCUCCUACGUCAACGACGAGGAGAUGCACGCCUUUCGGCCGCUCGUGAUUAAGGACGCGCUCACGCGGGCGCACACGGUGCUGUUCAUCGAGAAUGGUGUUCGCGUGCGCGGCAGCAGUCGCGAUGUGCAGGAUCUCGUGAGGAUCGUGAGUGUGAGUGGGAGUGGCGUGCUCGGCUGGGUGACACGACAGGCCGUGUCGGCGCGCACUCAUCCGAAGAUGUUCGAAUACUUUCAAGUGAUCAAAGACAGUUUUCUGUUUCUGCACAUGGUGGAGAUGGACGUGGUGUUCUUCAUAGAUACGCAAUUGGUCAAUGAGAGAAUCCUUCUACCCUGGAUCAAGUGUACUCUCACACCGGAAUGUAUUCAUCCAAUUGGUGCCCAAUCUGGCGGUUGUAAAUUCAAUAAGAAGCCACAGUAUCGGUAUUCGGGAUGCCACAGCUACGAUGCGUCCGCCUUCAAUAUUGUACUGGGAUUAACAUUUGGCUUCGACGAGAAGAAGUACUCGAUUGUGGAGCCGAAUAUUUUCUACAUGGAAACACUCGAGCAAGCAACCAAAAUACUAGAGAAUAAACGAAGAAAUAUUAGUGAUACUUCGGAACAUCCGUUCACGGAGGAUUGAGAAGAAAUGAAAAUGUGUGCGGAAGGAGAGUGGAUUUAACAAAAAUUUUAAUUUGACCCAACAAGACGACAAGAGAGAUUGAUGAGAUUUUGCCGAAGUGAACAAUUUUGUAUUUUAUCUAUUUUAUUUUAAGCUUUAGAACGAUAAAGACUCCAUGAUUAUUUCAUUUAUUCCAACAUAUCAAAUUUUACAAUAACUUGCGAAAUUGAGUGAAAAGACAUAGAACAAAUUUUAAUCAGGAGAAAUUAUGGAUAUGAUUCAAUUCAGCUGCGAACUGAUAGAGUUUUAUUUGCUGAGUGAGUUUCAUUAAAGGGUGGGGCUUUCGAAGGGGCAUGGCUUAUUCGGUAUAUAAAACUCUAUAAAAUAAUAAAAUGUUACGCAUUAGCUGAAUCAGUGCCCAAAAAAUUUAUUUGCUCAAUACUUACUUAAAGUUACUUUUACAUCCACUCACAGUGUAAAUACAAAUAGUGACUUAAAAGAGUGUAAAAUAUUGAAGGUGUUCCACGCCCAAAAUUGGCGUCACACCAAAUUACAGAUGAAAUUGAGCAUUGAAAGUGUAAACUUAUUCAAUGAAUAUAUUAGGGCGAAACUUACCAGUGGAAAAAGUGAAGAUUUUAAGGCGAAAAUUUAAAGAAAUACACUUUUAGAGAGUAAAACACAUAUCUUAUCUUGAAUAUUCAUAUUGAAUUAAGAUUAUAGAGGUGGAAUAAGAGGAUAAAUUCAUUGAUAUGACAUGAAGAUAACACAACGUUUCUAUUUAGUGAAGAACAAACCAAACAAAUAUUAAAAACUGAUGCGUUAUUUUGUACUUAUUGAAGUAAAGUCCGUGAAAAAGCAGAAAUGGAAGGUAAUCACCAUAAGCAUAAUUUGCUUGCCAGUUUUUCUUAGAAAGACGAUAAUGAAGAAAUUGAUAAACCUUAAGAGAGAUUUAUUGAAUAAACAUUUAUGCAUAAACUAUUACUAUUCCAGAGAAGUAAAUGAAGCGACCAACAUUUUCAUAAAAAGAAUAACAUGCAGCUACAGUGGAAAAAAUUGCUUAUUACAUUUUACACUUAAACAUAGAGAUAAAUUCUAAGCGUUAUUGCAAGAUGAUAAGAAUGUAACAAAGAGAAAUAUUGAAGAAAAGAAAACAAAAACUUUUGAUAACAUUUUUAGUGAUGGAAGAAAGAAGAGAAAUUAAGGUCGUAAAAGACAACAUUUUAUUCUGCAAAAUAGUUAGAAAGAAACAUUUUAGAGCGAAAUGCGUAGCUUAAAUCAAAGUGAAGUCAUUCUUUGGCAGCCAAAAUAACAACAAAAUAUAUUUUAAGGCAUUAUUAGGUAGUUUCCACAAUACGAUAUAUAUAUUUAUAUAUAUUGUUAGAGUUUUGAAACUCUCAGAGAGAUUUCAAGAAAAAAAACACUAUAGAAAUAAUAUUCUCGAAUAGUAAAUGAAAGAAUGGAGAAAACUUCAAUCCGAUUUGUUGAACUUUUACUGUAGCUUCCGACAGUGAACAUGUAUUGCUGAUUUUUUUGUAUGUACUGCUGUAAAUAUGAUUUCAUUUUUGUAAAUUUGCGUCACAUAUUUCUUUGAAGUAAUAUAGAUUUUUCCUUUUGCUGUUUUGCGAAACACUGAAAGACAGUUGAGAGAGGGCAGUUUUUGUGUGUGUGUGUCAAUUGGAGGCAGAUUGAUAAGACGCGAUGUGUAUAAAGAAGACUAUUUUGGGGGGGGAAAAGAAGAUGAUAAAGUGCUAUGUUGAUGCUGUUUUAAGCAUAAAGUAUUAUUUGAUGAAUAAAUCAAGAAAU